UGCUCAACUGCUGAAGGAGAUAAUUGUGCUGCUGAGAUAGGACCUGCUGUAGCAGCAGGCACAACCGUUCCCUGGAUAUUUUGACAGCCUGACUGUCCUCGCCUCUCCCUCACAUUGAAGUAGGAACAACGCGGUGGCAUCACUUGUUCACGCGUACCAAAGUCGACGCCUCCGCGCUCAUCGUCAAGUCUUUGAUCCUCGCGAGUUGCGACUUUCCUUCUUGAAAGAGGUUCUGUCUCCCCAAAGCAACGCUAUAAGCGUUCUAGUGUCGUGGUGUCUAGUCACGUUCUAGUGUCUAGUGUCGUUUGAGUGUCGUAGUGUCGAGUGUGAAGGGGGCCUCAACAAAUAUAGACAUUUCGCGACGCUCGGUAUAAGCAUGGCGGCAUCACCGCUGUUGCAUACCCUCCCAGUCGGCUACCGCUUUCGACCGUCAGAAGAAGAGCUCGUUUUCUCCUACCUCUUAAACCGCACAUCCGGGCAGGCUUACGCUGCCCGACCACUCGUGCAGCUGCCCGAGGUGAACGUUCUACGGUGCGAUCCGAGCAGCCUGCCGGCCGAUGCGUGGUUCGACGGCGAGUGGUUCUUCUUCUACCGGCCGACGCAGCACGGCUCCAAGAAAGAACGCUCCGUGAAAUGCGGCGACACGGUCGUCGGAUUCUGGAAAUCCACGGGGAACGACCACGCGGUGCGACUCGGGGGGAGUAAGAGCAACAGCGGCAGCGGCAACGCGUCGCAGAAGGCCACUUCUGACGGCAGCGUCACGGGAAUGAAGAAGAAAUUAGUCUACUAUAUGAAAUCCGGACCGAGCGACCAUAAGGGGUCCAAGACGGAUUGGAUUAUGGACGAGUAUCGCUUGGAGGGCGAAUCGCCGGGGAGCGACCUCACGGCGUUGGUGCUGUGCCGUGUCUUCAUCAAGGGUAACGCCGCUCCGCCGCCGAACGCGCCGCAAAUCCCGGCGUCAUUCGCGCCGGCCUCGCCAAAUAUGAGCGCCGCGACUGUCUCACGACCGAUGUCGCCCGCGCCGUCGCUGACGCUCGGGGGAUUCGCGAAUCAUGUGGCUAUGGCGAAGGAACAGACCGUGGCGGAGGAUUGCGAUGCUGUUACCAGUGUGAUUCAAGCGGAGCAGGUGAAUGUAACCGGCGCGGCUUCUGCUGUAGCGAUGGGUGGUGGCGACAAGGGCGAGCUGUUCGUCGAUCUUCUGCUUGCGAAGGACGAGGAGGAUAAUGGUACUGCCAGUGGUGAUACUAACGGGUGUGCUAAUGACGAGGAUCGCAUGCUGCUAAACACGAUGAUGGACUCGAUCCUGAUCGACGACGGGGAGCAGUCCCGCAGAUUCGGAAGCGACGACGCGACUGUGUCGAUGCAGCUUGUAACGGAGACGUUCGUCGACUCCUCGGUGGAGAAUCCGGGAAGUUUCGACUCGGGGAGCGGCGGGAGCGCGACAGAGGGGGACGAGAGCGGGCGAUUCGGCGGGUUUCAGUCGCACCACGGCAGUAACACGGACAUCGCUGGUACCUACAACGCUACUAUUAUUAGUAAUAAAGACUUCGGGAAUGGGACGCUAUCGGCGGUGAGAUAUGAGAACAUCGCCAUGGCUCACUCUCCGUGUCAUCCGGCGGUGACAGGAACCCUGGAAAUUGCUGGCAACUCCCAGUUUUCGUCCGCCGCCGCGAGUGGCGCCGCAUGUGCCGGCACGCCUGGCGUCGCGUCGGCUGCUGCUGUUUCCACGUCAGCAUACGGUUCUAGCUUUGCUGCGGUAGAGAUGGAGCAGCCAAUGCACCCGCACGGGCAUGAUGACGUGACUAUCAAUGUUCCGGAGCAUCCCAGCCAACGAUAUGGCUACACGUGGAUGCACAAGGUUCUGGAUUCGGCCGAUAUUGUCACGCCACGUGUCGGAUCCGAAGGCGGUUCGCCUGGAGAUGGGAAAUCUGCGGAAAAAGCGGGAGCCGGGAUUCAAGGAGAGGGUAAAGGGAGCCAGAAGAGGGGAUCGCCUAAGGAGGACGGUGGAUUUAUAGACAUGAUUUCUGACAUGUUCAGCGCUUUUACUCCUAGGGGGCUCACGCCUGGUAAGGGUUUCACGCCUCGGGCAUUCACCUCUAUAGGGUUCACCCCCAGGGGUGUUACGCCUAAGAGUGGUUACCCGUUCGCGACCCCAAAGGGGUUUUCGCCAGGUGCCGGACUGUGGCGGUUUCCGUCAAUGAAGAACGGGAAGAAGCGGCCAGCAGCUACGCCAAGUGGCGGGUCCCGAUUGGCUGAGGAUCGGUUUGUGAGGGUGAAGCAGUGAGGGUGCAGGUGGCAGAGAGGGGGCUUCAGGCGGCUUCAGGCCACUGCGCUGGCCUUGAAGUGGGCACCAGUGGUGCAAGCGUAUACUUGGAAACUCGCUGAGUCUAGGGUUUACCUUUCCCUUCUAGCCAGUGGUUUCCAUUCCUGAAACUCAUUUGUUUCGUUUCAUAGUAAAAUAGGUAACUAUGUUUUGUUUCUCUUUUGCUGUUUGCCCAGCUAUAAAAUCCGCUUGUAGAU